GUUGUUUGAGUCAAGCCGGUGACGCUAAAAAUAUAUAUAUACAAACAUAAGUGUGCACUAUUUGGAAACAACAAAAAGAGCGAACUGCGAAUUUGUUUUGGUAUCAAUUUAUAGGCCACUGCCUCGCUUCGUUGAACUUGCUUUGUGUAGAAUGAGCAAAUUCCGGGCUAUUCUUCUAAUCGUCAUUACCCGAUAAUUUUUGUAUAGAAAACUUCUUAUUUUAGAUUAGUUGUCGGUCGUCAGCGAAUCGCUGUGGUUGCCUUGCAAAUGGGUAGAAUAUGUUCUGGAACUGCUCUUGGCCUUCUGCUAAUUGGCCUGUUGUUGCUGUUCAGCGCGAAUGCCGAUGAGGGGGUUCAAAGUUCGCGUAUAUUGGCCGUGUUUCCCUUUCCCGGCCGAUCGCAGUACAUUUUCGCCGAGCAGUUUCUGAAGGAACUGGCCCAUCGGGGUCACAAUGUCACCGUGAUCAAUACCUUUGGCAGCGAUGAAACCGAGCCCAAUUUUCGGGUGAUUGGUGCCAAAAAAAUUCACGAAAUUAUGGCGGCAUUUGGAAAUGCCGAUUACAAUCAGGCGGCGAGUCAAUGGAAAGUAUUGACCAUGACAACGGAGUUUCUCAAUCUUCUGACCACAAGCGUCCUGGAUGAGCCGGCUGUUAAGAACUUGCUGCACAGCGGCGAGAAAUUCGAUCUGGUUAUUAUGGAAACGGUGCAAACCGAAGCACUCUUUGGUUUGAGCCAGCAUUUCGGAGCAGAGACCAUAGGUAUCUCAUCAUACGGCACAGACACGCACAUCGAUGAGUUAAUGGGCAAUCUAUCGCCAUUAUCCUACAAUCCCAUGCUGCUCUCAUCGCGAACGGAGCGAAUGGAUAUUAAGGAUCGUCUGCGGAAUGUGUUAGAAGCCUGUGUAAUGUGGCUGCACAAGAGAGUUGUCCACCUGCCGACUCAGCGGGAUCUGUAUGUGAAAUACUUUCCCACGGCCAGGAAGUCAUUGGAUGAAGUUUUGGACAGCUUUUCGCUAAUGCUGCUGGGUCAGCACUUUUCCCUGAGCUAUCCACGCCCCUAUUUGCCCAAUAUGAUCGAGGUGGGCGGACUGCAUUUGCAACAGCAGCGAAAGGUGCAGCCCUUGGCAAAGGAAUUGUCGGAAUUUGUAGAGCAAUCAGAAAAGGGAGUAAUCUACUUCUCCAUGGGAUCCAACAUCAAAAGCAAAGACUUGCCGCCAGCCACACGAAAAGUGCUAAUGGAAACCUUCGCUAGUUUGCCGCAAAGAGUGCUGUGGAAAUUCGAGGAUGAUCAAUUGCCCGAAAAACCGAGUAAUGUGUUCAUCAGCAAAUGGUUCCCCCAACCCGAUAUUCUCGCUCAUCCGAAUGUCAAGCUAUUCAUCACCCACGGCGGUCUAUUAAGCACCAUCGAGAGCAUUUACUUUGGCAAACCCGUACUGGGACUGCCCAUUUUCUACGAUCAGCACUUGAAUGUUCAGAGGGCCAAACAGGCGGGCUAUGGUCUCAGUGCGGAUAUAUGGAGUGCCAAUGCCACCGAACUCACUUCUCUGAUUCAAGAACUGCUGAGUAAUGCCAGUUAUGCAGCAGCAGCUCAGACUAAGUCCAAAUUAUUCCGCGAUCAGAAGGAACCCGCUUUGGAGCGCGCCAUUUGGUGGACCGAGUACGUGUUGCGGCACAAGGGCGCCAAACACUUGAGGUGCGCCUCGCGGGAUUUGGAUUUCAUUCAGUUCCACGGACUGGACACCUGGGGACUGCUCAUUGCAGUCACUUUUGCAUCCAUACUGAUCGUCGUAGUUGCGCUGAAAUGCUUACAAAGGGGUCUCACUUAUAUGAUCGCAAAUCGUCGUGCGGGACCGAGUAAAUUGAAGACCCAGUAACCAAUUAAAGUUGAUAAACUAUUUCAGUUUAUGCCGCCACCGAGUUUUUAAACGGUUCAUGUUAAACCGUUGUUACAAGCACCUGUGAACAUAAUAAUACUACUAAGGAUAGUUGUAUUUCUAAAUUAAACGUCUAAAAAUAAGUAAACAUAUUAAA